AUGACAUCUCUUCUUUAUCCGUUUUAUUCUCUCAUCCUCUUCAUUCUCUCAUUCUCUUUAUCCUCUUAUCCUCUUUAUUCGCUCAUCCUAAUCCACUGUCAUCUUUAUCCUCUUUAUUCUCUCAUUCUCUUUAUACUCUCAUUUUUUCCUGUUUAUUCGCGCAUCCUCUUUAUGCUCUUUAUUCUCUCAUCCUCCUUAUCUUCUUUAUCCUUUUUGUUCCCUCAUCCUCGUUAUUCUCUCAUCCUUCUUAUCUUCUUUAUCCUUUUUGUUCCCUCAUCCUCGUUAUUCUCUCAUCCUCCUUAUCUUCUUUAUCCUUUUUGUUCCCUCAUCCUCUUUAUUUUCUCAUCCUCCUUAUCUUCUUUAUCCUUUUUGUUCCCUCAUCCUCUUUAUUCUCUCAUCCUCCUUAUCUUCUUUAUCCUUUUUGUUCCCUCAUCCUCUUUAUUCUCUCAUCCUCCUUAUUUUCUUUAUCCUUUUUGUUCCCUCAUCCUCUUUAUUCUCUCAUCCUCCUUAUAUUCUUUAUCCCUUUUUUUCCCUCAUCCUCGUUAUUCUCUCAUCCUCCUUAUCUUCUUUAUCCUUUUUGUUCCCUCAUCCUCUUUAUUUUCUCAUCCUCCUUAUCUUCUUUAUCCUUUUUGUUCCCUCAUCCUCUUUAUUUUCUCAUCAUCCUUAUCUUCUUUAUCCUUUUUGUUCCCUCAUCCUCUUUAUUCUCUCAUCCUCCUUAUCUUCUUUAUCCUUUUUUUGUUCCCUCAUCCUCUUUAUUCUCUCAUCCUCCUUAUCUUCUUUAUCCUUUUUGUUCCCUCAUCCUCUUUAUUCUCUCAUCCUCCUUAUCUUCUUUAUCCUUUUUGUUCCCUCAUCCUCUUUAUUCUUUCAUCAUCCUUAUCUUCUUUAUCCUUUUUGUUCCCUCAUCCUCGUUAUUCUCUCAUCGUUCUUAUCUUCUUUAUCCUUUUUGUUCCCUCAUCCUCUUUAUUUUCUCAUCCUCCUUAUCUUCUUUAUCCUUUUUGUUCCCUCAUCCUCUUUAUUCUCUCAUCAUCCUUAUCUUCUUUAUCCUUUUUGUUCCCUCAUCCUCUUUAUUCUCUCAUCCUUCUUAUCUUCUUUAUCCUUUUUGUUCCCUCAUCCUCUUUAUUCUCUCAUCCUCCUUAUCUUCUUUAUCCUUUUUGUUCCCUCAUCCUCUUUAUUCUCUCAUCAUCCUUAUCUUCUUUAUCCUUUUUGUUCCCUCAUCCUCGUUAUUCUCUCAUCCUUCUUAUCUUCUUUAUCCUUUUUUGUUCCCUCAUCCUCUUUAUUUUCUCAUCCUCCUUAUCUUCUUUAUCCUUUUGUUCCCUCAUCCUCUUUAUUCUCUCAUCAUCCUUAUCUUCUUUAUCCUUUUUGUUCCUCAUCCUCUUUAUUCUCUCAUCCUUCUUAUCUUCUUUAUCCUUUUGUUCCUCAUCCUCUUUAUUCUCUCAUCCUCCUUAUCUUCUUUAUCCUUUUGUUCCCUCAUCCUCUUUAUUCUCUCAUCAUCCUUAUCUUCUUUAUCCUUUUUGUUCCCUCAUCCUCGUUAUUCUCUCAUCCUUCUUAUCUUCUUUAUCCUUUUGUUCCCUCAUCCUCUUUAUUCUCUCAUCCUCCUUAUCUUCUUUAUCCUUUUGUUCCCUCAUCCUCUUUAUUCUCUCAUCAUCCUUAUCUUCUUUAUCCUUUUUGUUCCCUCAUCCUCGUUAUUCUCUCAUCCUCCUUAUCUUCUUUAUCCUUUUGUUCCCUCAUCCUCUUUAUUCUCUCAUCAUCCUUAUCUUCUUUAUCCUUUUUGUUCCCUCAUCCUCUUUAUUCUCUCAUCAUCCUUAUCUUCUUUAUCCUUUUGUUCCCUCAUCCUUUUAUUUUCUCAUCCUCCUUAUCUUCUUUAUCCUUUUUUUUCCCUCAUCCUCGUUAUUCUCUCAUCCUUCUUAUCUUCUUUAUCCUUUUUUGUUCCCUCAUCCUCUUUAUUCUCAUCCUUCUUAUUCUCAUCCUUCUUAUCUUCUUUAUCCUUUUUGUUCCCUCAUCCUCUUUAUUCUCUCAUCAUCCUUAUCUUCUUUAUCCUUUUUGUUCCCUCAUCCUCUUUAUUUUCUCAUCCUUCUUAUCUUCUUUAUCCUUUUUGUUCCCUCAUCCUCUUUAUUCUCUCAUCCUCCUUAUCUUCUUUAUCCUUUUUUUCCCUCAUCCUCUUUAUUCUCUCAUCAUCCUUAUCUUCUUUUAUCCUUUUUGUUCCCUCAUCCUCGUUAUUCUCUCAUCCUUCUUAUCUUCUUUAUCCUUUUUGUUCCCUCAUCCUCUUUAUUCUCUCAUCCUCCUUAUCUUCUUUAUCCUUUUUUGUUCCCUCAUCCUCUUUAUUCUCUCAUCAUCCUUAUCUUCUUUAUCCUUUUUUUGUUCCCUCAUCCUCGUUAUUCUCUCAUCCUCCUUAUCUUCUUUAUCCUUUUUGUUCCCUCAUCCUCUUUAUUCUCUCAUCAUCCUUAUCUUCUUUAUCCUUUUUGUUCCCUCAUCCUCUUUAUUCUCUCAUCAUCCUUAUCUUCUUUAUCCUUUUUGUUCCCUCAUCCUCGUUAUUCUCUCAUCCUUCUUAUCUUCUUUAUCCUUUUUGUUCCCUCAUCCUCUUUAUUCUCUCAUCAUCCUUAUCUUCUUUAUCCUUUUUGUUCCCUCAUCCUCUUUAUUCUCUCAUCAUCCUUAUCUUCUUUAUCCUUUUUGUUCCCUCAUCCUCUUUAUUCUCUCAUCCUCCUUAUCUUCUUUAUCCUUUUUGUUCCCUCAUCCUCUUUAUUCUCUCAUCAUCCUUAUCUUCUUUAUCCUUUUUGUUCCCUCAUCCUCGUUAUUCUCUCAUCCUUCUUAUCUUCUUUAUCCUUUUUGUUCCCUCAUCCUCUUUAUUCUCUCAUCAUCCUUAUCUUCUUUAUCCUUUUUGUUCCCUCAUCCUCUUUAUUCUCUCAUCCUCCUUAUCUUCUUUAUCCUUUUUGUUCCCUCAUCCUCUUUAUUUUCUCAUCCUCCUUAUCUUCUUUAUCCCUUUUUUUUCCCUCAUCCUCGUUAUUCUCUCAUCCUUCUUAUCUUCUUUAUCCUUUUUGUUCCCUCAUCCUCUUUAUUUUCUCAUCCUUCUUAUCUUCUUUAUCCUUUUUGUUCCCUCAUCCUCUUUAUUCUCUCAUCAUCCUUAUCUUCUUUAUCCUUUUUGUUCCCUCAUCCUCUUUAUUCUCUCAUCCUCCUUAUCUUCUUUAUCCUUUUUGUUCCCUCAUCCUCUUUAUUUUCUCAUCCUUCUUAUCUUCUUUAUCCCUUUUUUUUCCCUCAUCCUCGUUAUUCUCUCAUCCUUCUUAUCUUCUUUAUCCUUUUUGUUCCCUCAUCCUCGUUAUUCUCUCAUCCUUCUUAUCUUCUUUAUCCUUUUUGUUCCCUCAUCCUCUUUAUUCUCUCAUCAUCCUUAUCUUCUUUAUCCUUUUUGUUCCCUCAUCCUCUUUAUUCUCUCAUCAUCCUUAUCUUCUUAUCCUUUUUGUUCCCUCAUCCUCUUUAUUCUCUCAUCCUCCUUAUCUUCUUUAUCCUUUUUGUUCCCUCAUCCUCGUUAUUCUCUCAUCCUUCUUAUCUUCUUUAUCCUUUUUGUUCCCUCAUCCUCUUUAUUCUCUCAUCAUCCUUAUCUUCUUUAUCCUUUUUUGUUCCCUCAUCCUCUUUAUUCUCUCAUCAUCCUUAUCUUCUUUAUCCUUUUUGUUCCUCAUCCUCUUUAUUCUCUCAUCAUCCUUAUCUUCUUUAUCCUUUUGUUCCCUCAUCCUCGUUAUUCUCUCAUCCUUCUUAUCUUCUUUAUCCUUUUUGUUCCCUCAUCCUCUUUAUUCUCUCAUCAUCCUUAUCUUCUUUAUCCUUUUUUGUUCCCUCAUCCUCUUUAUUCUCUCAUCCUCCUUAUCUUCUUUAUCCUUUUGUUCCCUCAUCCUCUUUAUUUUCUCAUCCUCCUUAUCUUCUUUAUCCUUUUUUGUUCCCUCAUACUCUUUAUUUUCUCAUCCUCCUUAUCUUCUUUAUCCUUUUUGUUCCCUCAUACUCUUUAUUUUCUCAUCCUCCUUUAUCCUUUUUGUUCCCUCAUCCUCUUUAUUUUCUCAUCCUCCUUAUUUUCUUUAUCCUUUUUGUUCCCUCAUCCUCUUUAUUCUCUCAUCCUCCUUAUCUUCUUUAUCCUUUUUGUUCCCUCAUCCUCUUUAUUCUCUCAUCCUCCUUAUCUUCUUUAUCCUUUUUGUUCCCUCAUCCUCUUUAUUCUCUCAUCCUCCUUAUUCUUUUCUUACUCUCAUCCUCUUUAUCCUCUUCAUUCUCUCGUCCUCUUUAUCCUUGGAAUCGUUCUCAUUGUUUUCCCCUCACUCUUUUCUCUCUCUCUCUCCCUCUCUCUCUCUCUCUCCCUCUCUCUCUCUCUCCAUAUUGAUCAGUCAGUGA